CACUAAAACAAGCAAAACACACAAGAACUCUGGUCAGGACGUGACACUGACACCUAACUCAAAGUCCUCCUGACUUCAGAGUCUGGAAAGGCUGAUGUUGUCGCCAAGAUGCGUUGAUGAUGAAUGGGGCUAACUCGUCAACAGCCGAAACAGUUCCUCCGCCGAGAAGACGAGAGAAUUAUCAAAUCAUCAAAUUUGAAGGACCAGGUUGAGACGGCAGAGAGACACACCGAUUGACUGGAGGAACCUGUGGAGAGAUGAAAGGAUCUCUCGCCACGCACCAGAGUAUCCAGAGGACUGAUCCAAGUUGCCUACAGACAACUGGGGAGGAUUAAGAGACUCUGAGAUGGUAUCUGGAGGAGUCCCCAGAUCAUAACGUCUGACGCAGAACCUCCAGGACAGUACCCUGUCACCUUGUCACUGCCAGAGCUACCAAAGGUGUUGUAUAGUACGUUCAAAUUGAAAGAGAAACUAUAAGAGACGCUGGGGAGUAUGGGACGUUGGACCCGUGUUGGAGUGACUCCUGGUUGGUUCCCAGGGGCCCGAUGAGUGGUAGCAGCCAUAACACCAGCCUGCUACGGGGCCGCCGCUUCUACUGCCGGGAAUGGGCCCUGGAAAAGCUCCAGCGCUGUCUGGAGGCCAAGCCCGCUCCCGGCCGGCCCCCGGGGAUCCUGGUAACUGGGGGUCCCGGGGCAGGAAAGACAGCUCUAUGCACGGAGGCAGUAUGGCCCACCUCGGACACAGGGCUGCAGGUGGGGCUGGCACCCCACUGCCUUGCAUUUCACUUCUGCCAGCGGGAGGAUGGAAGGAGCAUGGCGGUGUGGAGGUUUGUCCUGGGCCUAGUGGAUCAGCUGAGGGCCAGCCCCCUCCUCCCCCUGGGGUACAGGGACACACUGGACACCCCCUUGGUGGCUCCCACCCUGGAGCCCCUACACUGCCAGAGGGACCCGGAUGACACCUUCAAAAGGGCGGUGUUGUUGCCCUUGCUGAACCUCCCUCCCCCAGAGCAGUCCCUAUUCCUGGUGGUAGACUCCCUGGAAUCGGGGUAUGGGGCCGGUGAGGUGUCCAGCUGUGCUGGGGCUCCAGGGAGGAGCAGCUCUAUAUCAGAGCUCCUAUCCAGUCACCAGCACCUCCUGCCCAGCUGGCUGCUCCUGGUCUGCUCUGUGCGCAGACAGAACAAGGCUGUGUGUAAGAUGUUCUCAGGUUUCCGUAAGCUGUGUCUGGACGAUCUGCGUAAGCCUGCGCCGGUGCGUGACGUGCAGCACUAUAUCCUGCGGAGGCUGGACCAGGAGGGGGCGCUCCGCCGACAGCUGACCCCCGAGACGGCCGACAUGCUCAACCUGCUGCACAUCAAGAGUGGUGGCUGCUUCCUGUUCCUGGAACGCGUUCUAGACGGCGUGGCGGGGGCCUUGGUGGGUCUCCGGGAGAUCCGGGACAUCCCCGGGACCCUCAACGGCCUCUACCUGUGGCUCUGUCAGAGACUCUUCCCCAGGGGCCUGUUCCUCCAAGUCAGGCCCCUCCUCAACGCCCUCCUGGCCUCCCCCAGGCCCCUCACCACCCAGGAGCUCUACACCGCCACCUGGACCCAGGACAUGUCCCUCAGCCCUCUGGACUUCCAGAGCAGGCUACAGGCUCUGUCCACGCUGCUCAUCGACGGACUUGGAGGCAGAAAGCUCCUGUUCCACACUAGUUUUGCAGAGUGGCUGACAGACGUGAAGUACUGCACCCAGAAGUAUUUGUGUAGCAUGUCUGAGGGACACACCAUGCUGGCCAUGGCUCUCACCUUGCGCGCCCCACACCUUAACACAGAGGACACCUGUCAAAUGGGCUCGCACCUGGUCAGCUCAGGCAUGCACAAGGACAACCCUGCCCUCCUGGCCCUGUGGCUGUUGUGGGCUGAUGUGCCCCCUCUGACUAGCCCCUUUUCCCCCUCUUCCCCUGCCUCUCAGCCCCCUGUCCUGGUCAGGCAGGAGGUCCUCCAGCUGCUGAUGAAGAGUGGGGUGUUCCCUCCCUCCUGUGCCCCAGAUGGAGGCCCCAGCGUGGGGGUACACUGUGCAGGAGGAGGGGGGACCAUCAUCGGGCAGGCGCUGGAGAGGCAGGACACAGUGAGGGUGCUACUGGACAGCGGGGUCAGCGUGAACCGGGCCGACCCCACAGACGGACGCACCCUCCUGGCCAGUGCGGCCCAUGCAGGCUCAGCCAACGUGACCGACCUACUCCUGUUCCGAGGGGCUGACCCUCUGAUCAGUGACCACCAGGGCCAGACCCCCUUAACGCUGUCUGCCAGGCAGGGCCAUGUCAGGGUGCUGGGGAUGUUGUUGGACUGGGCCAGAGGGCUGGAGCAGGAGGCCGGCUUGGGGAUGGUGGAGCAUGCAGACAGCGAGGGCUGGACGGCCUUGCGGUCAGCGGCCUGGGGGGGUCACACCGAGGCCGUGCACCUCCUCCUUGAUGCAGGGGCGGACGUGGACGGGUGUGAUGCUGAAGGCCGAUCGGCGCUAAGAGCGGCGGCCUGGGGGGGUCACGAGGAGAUCCUCCUCACUCUGCUGGACCACGGGGCGCAGGUGGACAAGGUUGACCGGGAGGGCCGCACGCCACUGAUUGCCGCCGCCUACAUGGGCCAUCGGGAGGCGGUAGAGAUCCUGCUGGACCACGGGGCAGAGGUCGACCUGGCCGACGGAGACGGCCGUACUGCCCUGUCAGUGGCUUCUCUCUGUGUGCCCACAGCGGCUGGAGUCAAAGGUUACGGCGAAGUGGCCAGCCUGCUGUUAGAGCGAGGGGCGGACCCGGGGCACAGGGACCAGGAUGGGAUGACCCCUCUGCUGCUGGCGGCGUAUGAAGGUCAUGAGGAAGUGGUAGAACUGUUGUUAGAGGCUGGGGCCGACGUAGACGAGAACGCCGGGCCACACGCCGCCGCCGCUUCUGCUGCCGUCACCCCGCUGUUGGCGGCUGCUGCAAUGGGCCAUUCUGCGACAGUGGGCAGGGUGCUGUUCUGGGGCGCUACGGUGGAUGGCAUCGACGGGGAGGGUCGUACAGCUCUGAGCCUGGCAGCAGCACGGGGCAGCGUGGAGGUGGUCAGAGCACUUCUGGACCGAGGGCUGGAUGAGAACCAUAAAGACGAUCUGGGCUGGACCCCGCUGCACGCCGCCGCCUGCGAGGGCCACCGGGGGGUCUGUGCCGUCCUGACGGAGCGUGGGAGCACAGCGCGGGUCGGAGAAAUGGACAUCGAGGGACGGACGCCCCUCAUCCUGGCCGCGCAGGAGGGCCACUGUGGCACGGUGAGGCUUCUGCUGGACCGCCGCUCGCUCAUCGACCACCGGGCGUACGACGGCCACUCUGCGCUGAGCGCCGCCGCCCUGGAGGGCCACGCUGAGGUGGUGGAGCUACUGAUGAGGCGGGGCACGGACACGGACGUACGGGACGCAGAGGGCCGCCCACUGCUCUACCUCCUGGUGCUGGAGGAUCAUCUGGACAUGGCUGCCCUCAUCAUGGAGAAAGGAGGCGUGCCCCUGGAGUCCCGGGACGGGGAGGGGCGCACGGCGCUGCACGUGGCCUCCUGGCAGGGCAACCUGGAGGCAGUGGGGCUGCUGUUGAGCCAUGGGGCGGACCCUAACACCCAGGACGGGGAGGGACGACCCCCCUUGCACUCCAUAGCCUGGCGGGGUCAUGUUGAGCCUGGUCGUCUGCUCCUGGAGGUCAGGGGGGUCAACGUGGAUCUGGCCUGCCGCCAGCAGGGGGCCACGGCACUGAGCAUUGCGGCUCAGGAGGGCCACGCCAAUAUCGUUGCCAUGCUACUGGAGGGAGGGGCCAACCCAGACCACAUAGACAAGUACGGCCGCAGCCCCGUCAAGGUGGCCGGGAAGAGGGGCCACUUCACUAUCGUCAGGCUGCUGGAGAGCUACGGAGCCAAACCGUACUCGGUCCGUCUGCCCCCGCCCAACACCCUGUCGCCACGGUCAUCCACUGUGAAGAGCCCGUCCUCCGCCUGCUCAGGGAGUAACGUGGCCCAGGCAGGGCGUCAUCAUGGUGCUAGCACCUCCUCAGCCUCCUGCUCCCCAGGUUCCACAGCCGAGCACUUCCACUCCAUCCAGAGCUCCCAGACAUCCUCCUCCACAGCCUCCUGCUCCACAGCCCACUCCCAGGCCACGGUGCAGACCGUCCCCGCUGACAGCCUGUCCUUCACCCAGCAGAUCCAACAGCACUCCCUUCCACGCUGCCGCUCCCGCCACUCCACCCUGCCUCCACCCGGCUCUGCCCGUGGCAGCCUGCACGGAACCAGCCACAGGGCCCAGUGCCCUAAGGCCAGCCCUCCUCCACCCACCCUCUGCACAGUCACGGCCAUGGUGCAUGACUCUGAACAGACUUACAAAGGCUACCCAGCAGGGUUCGACUAUCCCAGUAAACACAACUCCCCCAGCUUGAUCCAGGAGGAGAGGUCUCAGUACGGAGGGGGGAGGUGGAACUCUGUCAUGGCUUCUCUAGGGGUGACGCCUGGACAAGAUGGCCCCAAAAACAGGGACAGUCUCCCUAUGGGCUACCCUUACCUGGUCCAGAGCCCGGCCCAGAGAGAGACAUGGGAGGAGAACCAGAAGAUGUCUAUAACCCCCGGUAGUGCCUUAUCUCCUCCCUGCAUGGUGGUCAUGACGACCACAGACCCCCAGCUCAACCUGAAACAGGCCAUUAAGCUGCAGUUUGAAGGGCCCACCAGCGCUGCCUUAUACAAGAGGGAGACGCCCCUGUGAACUCCGACCUAACGGUUCUAGGUGGACGUGGAGUUCAAGGGUCCGUUUUCAGAAUGGAUAAUGGUUCUUACGGGGCAGAUGAGAGCCGGAAGGGGCUUCUCUCUCACCCCCACCCUCUCCGCCUUCAGCUCAGCGGACCAGAGGAAGAAUGGAGAGACUGAAAGACUUCAAAGCCGUUUACAUUCCAGACUUUUUCCGUCGCCUGUUUUGAGCAGCUGUCACUAAAUAGCGGGGACACACACACACACACACACACACACACACACACACACACACACACACACACACACACACACACACACACACACACACAUUCCUCAGACACAAAGCCUUGCCUCUUCUCUUCAGUGGAGUUGACAUUGUCAUGAGUGCCAUGGACAAGUCGGAUGGAGAGGGGCUAUCGGUCCACCCUCCUGCUGAUCUACCACACAGAGACAGACCAGAGUGUGUGUGACAGUUCUCUACCACACAGAGACAGACCAGAGUGUGUGUGACAGUUCUCUGACACACAGAGACAGACCAGAGUGUGUGUGACAGUUCUCUGACACACAGUAACAGACCAGAGAGUGUGUGUGUGUGACAAUUCUGUGACACACAGGCCCAACACAGGGCUGUGGUCUCACCAGGGUUUGACGCUUAACCAAUCAUCAAUGGACUUCUUCAGAAAUCUAGUCUACGGUGGAUGAAAAACAUUCAUUUGAAGCCAGGACAGAACAGCCAUAAUAGACGUGUGAAAGGGUUCUCACUAAGAUGAGACUAGAUGGGCAAGGAGACCCACGACAACACACUCACACAGGACUUAAGAUAGUUUUUAUAUUAGGAGCUCUUUUUCACACCGUAGCUGUUUUGAAAGCAACGAUUCUCCUGCCUGUGUGAGGGCACUAUUGAUGCCUCGAUCUUCCUCCAGACUUUUGCUCUCUCUACUUUUAAAACCCCGAGACAUGGCAGGUAUUACCAGCUUGGAGUCUGUCGACGCGCAUCUAUGGCGGCUUGGAGUCUGUCGACGUGCAUCUAUGGCGGCCACGAGCCAUACAAGUCAGCAGAAAAGACCGCAGUCCUACCAAAAGCCUGACCUAGCCUACAAUGCUGUUGAAAUGCUGCUAUGUUAAUGACAUUAACCAACCAGCAGGCGGAAUGUUCUUCUAGCACGCUCUGAGUAAUGCUGUUGGAAAGGAACUGCUAAUGAUGACAUAAAUCUAAAGAUAGAUUAGAAAGAAAGACAGAAGGUAGGAGUUUAGCUAGCUAUUCAUUUUAAAUCAUUGAUCUGGCCUAAGUACUUCCAUUUGUUCUUGUUACCAUUUUAUUCAUAUUUGAAAGCAAAAUGCCGUUCUUUAAUUAAAAUUGCAGACGUGCUGUAA